CGAAUCUUUCGCGACGCCACGUGAUUAGUUGCUAACAAUGUCAUGUCCUCUGUCUGGGGGUAGUUUGUAGUCAAGCAAUAAGAUGUAGCUGGUUUUCUGGAGUGGUCGAGGUCGUUCUCUAGCUCCUAACAUGUCGGUUGUGACAGUGCAGUUAGGUCAGUGCGGAAAUCAGAUCGGACCGGAAGUGCUCAGUACUGUGUAUGAGGACUCCACUGGAGCACAUGCAAGAACCUACAAAGAGUGCAGCUAUGAGAGGUUCUUCAGGGAGGAUGCAGAAGGAGCGCUGGUGGCACGCGCAGUUCUUAUUGACAUGGAGCCCAAAGUAAUUGCCCAAACCAUAGCAAAGGCAUCAGGUUCAGGAAAAUGGAGAUAUGGGGAAAAAAGUCACUUCUGCCAGAAACAGGGCUCUGGAAACAACUGGGCAAAUGGGUACUAUGUUCAUGGCCCUCAACACAAGGAUGUCGUGGAAGAUCUGGUGAGGCGGGAGGUAGAACGCUGUGAUCGGCUUGCAGGAAUAUUCGCCAUGAUGAGUGUGGCAGGAGGUACUGGUUCUGGAGUGGGCACCUAUGUCACCCAGUGUCUACGAGACACUUAUCCACAUUCGUUUAUUCUUAAUCACCUGACAUGGCCCUAUGGAACAGGAGAGGUGAUCGUGCAGAACUACAAUUCGGUUCUCACCCUGUCCCGACUCUACACGCUCUCCGACGCUCUCGUGGUGCACGAGAAUGACACGGUUCACAAAAUCUGCAGCCAGCUGAUGAACAUCAAGCACAUCUCUGUGUCCGACCUUAACAAGGUGAUCGCUCAUCAACUGGGUAGCAUGCUGCAGCCUGCAUACACCACUGACUCGCCUGCUCACUACAGCAGAAACCCAAUAGGUGAAAUGCUGAGCUCCCUGGUGUGUCAUCCUGAAUACAAACUGCUCAGCAUGUUGAACAUACCUCACAUGGCUCAGACAUCUCUGGAGUACAGUGCCUACACCUGGCCCGGACUGCUCAAGCAUUUAAGACAAAUGCUUAUCGCCAAUGCCAGGAUGGAGGAAGGUAUCGAUUGGAAAGUGUGUGUGCCGUCGAAUAGAGCAGAGGGCGGAAGAAACCCGCACGUGGGCUUCAACAGAUCCCUCUCUAACCUUCUAAUACUCAGGGGGAAAGAGGUUUCCUCUGCGGAUGGAGGAGCUUUUAAAGAGUCUGGACUGUACGUGCCGUGGCUUCCAGCAGAUGGCACUUUCCAUACAUGGCACUCCCCUGUGCCAUUCAGUGGCUAUGAGAAAUUGGCCACUUUAAUCAGCAAUAACCAGUCACUUUUAAAUCCUCUGGAUAAUAUAGUUCAGAAGGCCUGGAACAUGUUCGCAUCGAGGGCGUAUAUUCAUCAAUACACCAAAUUCGGGAUUUCAGAAGAUGAUUUUCUUGAAAGUUUUACCAUGUUGGAACAGAUUCUUUCCAGCUACACCCACCUCUGAAACGACCUCAGGACUUUGAAUAACUUUUACAUAAAAAUGUUUGUUUUCUA